AUGUCGGGCCAGCCGCAGCAGCAGCAGCAGCAGCAGCAGCCAGGGCACGCUGCGCCGCCGCUGCCUCAACACCACCCAGUGCAGACCCAGGUGCAGCAGCCUGCACAGCUUUCACAGUCACACGCCGACGCGGAAAUGUCAGAGGGGUGGCCUCAACAGUUCGAGCAGCUGCAGCAACAGCGGCUGCCGCCGCGUCACCAGCAGACGCAGCAGCAGCAGCGGGAUUUGCUGCAGCCUGAUGGCGGUGAGGACGCACCAGCAGCACAUUCAGCGCAUUUCAGCAGCCCAUCUCGGCCUCAGCGGCCCCCGCCCCAGCAGCAGCUGUGGCAGCAGUGGCACUCACCAACGCCACAGCAGCAGCAGCAGCAGCAGCAGCAGCAGCAGCAGCAGCAGCAGCAGCAGCAGCAGCAGCAGCAGCAGCAGUGGCAGCAGAACAUGGCCACGGUGCCAUUUGGCUCGCCGCAGCAGGCUGCUGGAGCGGGCAUGGUCGCUCUAGGGGGUGUGGGCUCCCCGCCACCCACCAGGCCCAAAAAGGCGCCAUCCACGCCUGUGCGGCUCUUCAGAUGA